GCUAACGACAACAACAACAACAACAACAACAAGCAACAACAGCAAAGCAGCAAAACAAAAACAAAAACAACAAACUAAACAACUAACAACAACAAAACAGACUCAGACUUCAACUGAAAGCAAAACUAUUGCAUUGAAUAUUUGAAUAUUCAAAACUGAGCUCAGCGAGAGAGAGAGACACAGAGAGAGAGAGAGACAGAGACAGAGUGUGCGAGCCGGUGUUCUUCUUCUCCUACUCUUUAUCUUCGUCAUCGUCUUCAUCAUCAUCAUCUCAGUAACUGAGCGUCUUUAAAUAAGGAAAAAGAAAAUAAACGAAGUGGAAGAAAGUUCGCGCAAGGUUUUACACACAAAAAAAAAAAGAUCUCCAUCAAAUUUCCACUGUUACUUUGUGUUUCAAUUUUUUCAAAGUGAACAACUAAAUAAAAAACGGAGAAGGAAAAAAGUGAAGCGUAAAGCGUAAAAGAAAAGCAAUUUCAAGUGUGAAAAUCUAAAAAAAAUAUAAAAUCGCGUGAUUUUUGUCAUUUUUAUUUGUUAUUUUUUUGGCGACUAAAAAGUGUUUGUACGAUCUAAAAAAGAUCUAAAUAUAUAUAUAAGCGAAAAAUCAACGGGUUGUUUCUCCAAUGCUCAACGUUUUGAGUGGCGAAAUCAAAGGCGAUUUGCUAGCGAUUUGAUAGCGAAAGAGAGCGAGAGAGAAAGAGAGAGAGAGAGAGAGACGAUAAACCAAAAGGUUUUUUUUACAGAAUUUAUUGGGCGUUACGAAUUUGGGGUUAACGCACUACGAAACGAAGGUUCGGGCAUAAGUAAGAAAAAGAUAAAGAAAAACUCCAAAAAAUAAAUAUUAUAAUAGUAAUAAACGUUAGACAAGUGUUUUUUCUAUUAUAUACAUAUAUAUAUAUACAUACAUAUAAUAUAAUACGAGUACGAGUACGAGACGAGUGAAGAAUAUAUAUGCAAAUAUAUAUAUUUACAUUUCACAAACAAAGACUUGAACUUCUUAAAGAAAUUAAUAUUUAUACAAAAGAGAGAUUUAACAAAUGAAAUAAGAACAAAAGCGAACCAGAAACGGACUUCCAACGAUUUCAAAGUACGACGAAAUAUUUUUUUUAGAAUCAACAACUAAAAUACUAAACCCAAAAUUCCGGUUAACAUUAACAACAACAACAACAACACCAAGCAACAACAACAACAAUAGGAACUACAACAAAUUUGCCAAAGGAAGAAGAAUUUACAUAAAGCAAAGAGAAAGUGAGAUCAACGACGAGUUUGAAAGAGCGAGACAGCGAAAAAGUUCCACAUAAAAAGCAAGAGCGAGAGAGAGUGAGAGCGAGAGCGAGACAGAGCGAUCAGCUGCUAAGUGAUAUUUUAUAACACAAAAUAUCAGUUAAGGACAACAAUUUAUAAGAUUGAGUAAAAACGAGCGAGCAAUCGAAUAGCUAUCAUUUAUCAGACAACCGACAAGAACACAAAGAAGAACAAGAAGAAGAAGACGUAGAGGAAGAAGAAGAAAACUCAAGAGGAGAAUUUAAUACUAUGUAUGAGAAAGAUUUUUAAACUGCAAACCGAGCAAAAUAAAACCAAACACCACCAAGCAAAAACCAACAACUAUUAACAUAAAAAAAGGAGUAUAUAUACACACACAUAUAUAUAUAUAUAUAUAUAUAUAUAACGAAUAAUCAUAUUUAAACGUAUAUAUAUACACACUCAAGAAGAAGAAGAAGAACUGUAAGAACUAUAACAAAAUACAUAUACUAUAUUAUUAUAUGUAUACAUAUUUGCAUAAACAAAACUAAGUUCCAAGGAUUAUUUCAUGACAAAACCAAAAACCAAAAAAAAAACCAGCGCAAAUUAGUAAAAAUCAUAUAACAACAACAACAACAACAACAACAAAUUAUUGCUAUCUUUUUGCAUUUUUGCAAUUUUAUAUAUAAACAAAAAAAAUAAAAAUAAAUAAGAAAUAAAAAAAUCAAGAGAGAGAAAGAGAGAAAGAAUACUCAAAAAGCGAAGCGAACUCAGCAAAAAACAUAAACAAAAAAUUAGCAAAAUUUACUCUUUUAUCUAAAAACUAAAAACUAAACUAAAAUAAAGAAAACAUAAGAAAUUACUUCAAAUUUAAAUACAAUUUUAAACUCUAAGCGAAGCCAAAGAACGGUUAAAGGAAAAACAAAAACAAAAACAUAAGAUUAAAUAAAAAAUACUAUUUUUUUUUUGCGAUCGUAGUUGAUCUAAAAACCCAAAAAGGCAAAAAUCAAUAAAAGAAAUAAAUCAAUAAUAAUAAUAAUAAACGAAGAACUUGCGGCAAACAAUUUCACUGGACGUGUGCAAAGCGCAGUCGAAUAAAAAAAUAAAACACACACACUUAAAAAAAAACAAAAAUAUAUUUGUAAGCGUAACCAAACAAGCAGUGAGAUUAAAUACUAAGCACAAGCCACAACCAAAGGACAACAACAACAACAACCAAAAAAACAACCAAAAAACAAAAGCAACUGCAAAAGUUGAACGUUCAUUUAACUGCAAAGUGUCUCGAGUGUCUGUGUGUCUGUAACUGUUAACAGUUACAGUUACAACAGCGUUAACAACAGCAUCAAGAUUAGCACGAAAAGCAGCAACAGCAACAGCAACGGCAACGGAGCCAACAGCAACGGCAACGGUAACGGGAACAGUAACUGCAGCAAAAGCAACAGUAACGAGAGCCUGAACAACAUGACCAACGCCAUGGACAUUGUGAAGAACGGAGGCAGCGCCAACGGAUCCGUUGAUGGCAGCAAUGAUGAGUCGCGUACCAAUUUGAUAGUCAACUAUCUGCCACAAACCAUGACGCAAGAGGAGAUGCGAUCGCUCUUCUCAAGCAUUGGUGAGUUGGAGAGUUGCAAACUGGUGCGUGAUAAAGUCUCAGGUAAUUUGGUCUUGCCAGCAUCAUUGACCGCACUCAAUCCGGCUUUGCAGCAAGGUCAGAGUCUGGGCUAUGGAUUUGUUAACUAUGUACGCGCCGAGGACGCUGAGAAGGCUGUGAACACCCUGAACGGUUUGCGUUUGCAGAAUAAGGUUAUUAAAGUAUCAUACGCCCGUCCAAGUUCAGAAUCUAUAAAGGGUGCUAAUUUAUAUGUAUCGGGUCUUCCGAAAAAUCUAUCACAACCAGACUUGGAGGGGAUGUUUGCAUCGUUUGGCAAAAUAAUUACAUCUCGUAUACUCUGUGAUAAUAUUUCUGGUCUAUCGAAGGGUGUUGGUUUUAUACGUUUCGAUCAACGCAACGAAGCUGAGCGCGCCAUCCAGGAGUUGAAUGGCAAAACUCCGAAGGGCUAUGCCGAACCGAUAACCGUUAAAUUUGCCAACAAUCCAAGCAAUAGCGCCAAGGCCCAGAUCGCCCCACCAUUAACCGCAUACUUGACGCCUCAGGCAGCGGCGGCCACACGCCGUUUGGCCGGUGCUCUGCCAUCGGCCGGUCGCAUAAGCAUUGGAAAAAGUCCAUUGUUAGCGAUUAACAAGGGUUUGCGAAGAUACUCACCGCUGGCUGGUGAUCUAUUGGCCAAUACGAUAUUGCCGGGCAAUGCAAUGACUGGAUCGGGCUGGUGUAUAUUCGUCUAUAAUCUGGCACCGGAGACCGAAGAGAAUGUUCUUUGGCAACUAUUUGGGCCAUUUGGGGCGGUGCAAUCGGUGAAGGUGAUUCGUGAUCUGCAGACAAGCAAAUGCAAGGGAUUCGGCUUCGUGACCAUGACCAACUACGAUGAGGCUGUGGUAGCCAUACAAUCACUUAACGGCUAUACUCUCGGCAAUCGGGUGCUGCAGGUUAGCUUUAAGACUAACAAAACUAAGACAACUUAAGCUUCGAUUUAGAUUUUUCGUUUUUCGUUUUUCGUUUUUUUCUUUUGUCUUUCUGGUAGGUUUUUGUGAUUUUCGUUUCUGAAAUAACCGAAAACUCUCUUUACACUGCAAAAAAAAAGAGAAAAACGAAAACGAACAAAUAAUUAAAUAUAGUCAAGAUAAUGGUAAUGAAUAUGAUAUUGAGACAGAUAGAGAGAGGAAAAUAAACUAUGAAGCACAUUUGUACAUUUGGCAUUUGACAGCGAGUUUGUAGUCAAAAUUACUUAAUAACAUAAUUGAUCAAAGUGUGUGUGCAUACUAAAAAAAGAUGUUGACAAAAAAAAAAAAUACUUAUUAACUAUAUUGAUUUAUGAUUGAUUAAUUGACUCGAUGAUUGAUUCGUUAAGCUCAUGAAAUCUUAGCUAAAAUUUAUAUAUUUCUUUUCCUCCAUUUGUUUAUCUCGUGGAACAGCACUACAUAAUCUUAAUUUAAAUUCUUAAAACCACUUGAAAAGAAUACUAACAACUUAAAAAAACAAAGCUUAAAUGAGGCAAAAAACACAAGAAUAAUGACAACAACAACACAACAAAAAAAAAAGGUUAGAACAACAGACAAAUGUCUAUAAAUUGCAUAAGAAAAGACAAGACAACAAAGUAAAAUCAUUGAAAAAGAUAAAAAAAACAAAAAAUUACAAAAAAAAAUACUUAAAAAUACCAAACACUUUAAAUAAAAUAACAUAAUUUUUUUUAAUUAAAUUUAAAUUAAAUUAAAUUAAAUAUUACAAUUACGUAACUAAAUUAUUUAAUGUUUAUUCAUUUAACUAAGCAAGUAAGAUACCAAACAACAACAACAAGAACAACAAGAACAACAAGAACAAGAACAACAAGUCAAACAAAUACACUUAAUAUAAUUAAAUACUAUUUAUUCAAAAUGGGCCCGCAAUGUGGACUACGCUAUAAUUGCUAUAUAUUGUAUUUGUGUUCGUUAUGCAUAUAACUUAAUUAACGUUAAUUACGAAAUAUAUUAAUUAUAUGAAUUUUCAUUCACUUUAAAUAAUGUUUAUAAUAUGCUUAAAUUCAAUUAGAUUCUAUUCGAUUUGCAUUGAUUUGAACAAAUGAACAACAAACCAACAAACAAAAGCAAAACGUAAAGCCGCGUUCAAUCAAACAAAAAAAAAAUACCAAAAAUACGAAACGCAACAAAAGAACAAAUAAACAUACAUACAUCUUACGUACAUCAUACAUCAUACAUACUUAUAACCAUUAUUAUUAUAUAUAUGUAAACGUUUUACUUUCAUUUUUUCGUCGUCGUCUAACUUAAAACUUAAAUGAAGAAAACGUAAACCAAAAAAAAAAACGCAAAAAAAAUACAAAUAAACAUAUAAAAAAUACCAAAGUAUAUUCAAUAUUGUAUGUGCAAACGGAAACGUAAAGAAACCAAGAAAACAAAAAAAACUUAUUAUAUUAUAUUAUAUUAUAUUAUAUUAUAUAUUAUUAUGCCUACUUAUUAUUCCAUUUUUAUAAUUAUAACUUAUGAAUAAAAACCAAAAAAUGCAAAAACAUCAACAAAACCAAAAUCGAGAAAGUACUUACACAAAAUACUACAACUAAUAAAUAUAUAUACGAAUAUGAAUAUAUAUAUAUAUAUUUAUUAUUAAAUAAAUGUGUGACUGCGAAUUGAAAGAAAACCCAAAUCCAAAACUAAAAACACAUUUGUUUUCAUUUCUUUCUGCCACAUACAAUCAGAGCAAGUAAAUACGCUAAAGAGCAAAUGAAAAGUGGCAACGUUGCACAUCUUUUUCAGAGCAAGUAAAAACGCUAAGAACCAAAUGAAAUGUGGCAGCGUUGCACAUUUUUUCAGAGCAAUGUUGCACAUUUUCUCUGCCACAUACAAUCAGAGCAAGUAAAUACACUCAGAUGCAAGUGAAAUGUGGCAACGUUGCCAUACCAAUUUGGCAACAGCGCAAAGGUCUUGCUCUUGCAACGUUGUCUCAACGGUUGCAUUUUUCUUUUUUUAUUCAUUUAUUAAACAGCUACAAAUGGGUAACUGAAAAGUGGCAACAGUGCCUGCAAAAUAAACACACACAUACACGCAACAAGGCCACAAAGCCGGAAUGAAGUUCGAAAUUUGCUUGAACUAUAAAUAGAUUAAAAACAAACCACAAAAUUAAGAUAAAACAAUAUACAAGAAAGCAAAAGAUGAACAGCAACAAGAACAACAACAACAGCACUCGCAUUUUUAAAUGAAAAUAUAUACUUUAAUUGAACUCGCAAAUGUUCAAGGUUAGUUUCAAUAUGAUCUACAAACGUAAUGAGAUAAGUUUUAAACUGGUUUUGUCGUCAGUAAAUUGCAUUACUAGCUAACAAGAUAGGUAUCGACAACAACAACAACAACAAGAACAGCAACAACACGAAAAAUAUACCAAAUAAAAAUAUACUAUAUACUAUAUAUAGAGACGUACUUAUAAGAUGUGAGCCUAUUAGAUAUGAUUCCGCAUUUCGCUCCCAUGUUCGUUCUUUUGGCGCCCCAUUUCCUUCCCUCCCCCCCAAAUAUUCCGUAGAGCUAAACAGCAAUCAAUGUGUGUGUCAGUAGAUUUAGCAAAAUAAAAAAAAAAAAUACUUACGAAAUAAUAACUAAAUAAAAAUUUUUAAAAACGAGACUCUUUUUUUUCUCCAAAAUAUAUAUAUAUAAAAAAAUAAGUAGUGCAUUAAAUACGGCCACAUCUACAUGGCAAUUGAGGGCACUAAGCGGAUGUGGAAGAGGAAGAGGAAGCAAAAGAAGAUGAUCAUCAUCUUCGGAGGUAGUCAGAGAACGCGAAGAUUAAACCAAUAUGAAUGUACUUAAGAUAGUUACAUCUCAAGCAAGCAAAGCAAAUCGCGUUGGAGUCACAUCUGCGCAAAUUGAAAACACCAAAUUUUAAAAAUAUAUAUAUAUAUGAGAUAUAUAUAUGUAAAAAUAUUUAUAUAUAUACAUAUGAAGGAUGUAAAAUUUUUUAAACAAAGAUUUAUAGUAAAAUUUAUGAAUAUAUUGAAUAAUAAGUAUAUAUACAUAUAUAUAUAUACACAACACAUGUCAAAUGGGAAAAAAGAAUAAGCAAAUGCAUGAAGCUGCGUUUAAAACAUGAAAAAAUAAAACACAAAAAUGUGAAAUACAUUUAAAAAAUACCAAAAACGAUUGGAAAACUAAAUAUGAAAAAAUAAUCUCGGAAAUUGACAAAACAACAAAAUGUGAAAAGAAAAUAAAUUACAAAACUGAAAAAAAAACAAACAAAACGUUCGCCAAAUGUGCCCGUGAGAGAGAAAGAAAGAGAGAUCGUAAAAUCGGAAUGGGCAAAAAAGAAAUGAAAAGAAAGGAAAGAAACUCAAAAACUCGAUACUCGAUAGUCGAAAAUGAUCGAUAACAAAAAACUACUCACUUAUAUGUAUGUAUAUAUGUGUGUGUACUCGUACAAACAAAUGAAUUAAGAAACUAACCAAAAACUGAAAACAGAACCGACGAAUUGAAAUGGAAAUUGAAAUUGAUAUUGAUAUUGAUAUGUGUAUGAAUCGUUUUCUCAUGAGUAUCGAAUCGUUCAUUCGUUCUUAUUAGCUCAUUAUGUAAUUCGAUAGUUCGAUAGUUCAUUUUGCCAGUGGACUCUAUAUUAACAUACCAUACAUACAUACAUACUCUAUAACGAAUAAAGUAAUAAAACAAAAACAAAAAAUACAUUUAAUUACAUACUCAUUAUGUGUGCAAAAAAUACAAUGAACUUAAUGAAUUUUAAUCACAUUUAAUAAACAUAAUAAUAAUAAUACUAAUGAUAAUGAUAAUGCUAAUGCUAAUGCUAAUUCUAAUACUAAUAAUAUCCAUCACAUUAGCCAGGUGCUGUUGAUACCCACCAGCGCCUCAGGGUUGUGUGUCAUUAUUCAAGAAAGCAAUAUUAAAAUGUGACUCGAGUUGGCUGCACACAAAACAAAAACUAAAGAAUUUCAUUUGUUGAUUCAGUAUAUUUCUAGUUUUAGUAUUUUUCGCAAAACAAAAUACAAAUCUGUUUACAUUUUGGUAAUCUUUUCUGCUCAAGAGGAGGUUAGUGUUAAUUUUCAAAGCAAAUUCUUUCACUGAAUUGAAAUUUCGUUGAAAAUUAAAGCUAUUUUUAGUAUGUUCCUGGUUUUAGUAUUUUUCGUAAAACGAAAUUAAAAUCUGUUUACAUUUUUGCCAUCUCUUCUGAGUAGGUAUUUUGAAAACAAAUUUCUUUAUAGCUAGAAACAUAUUUUGAAAAUAUUCGCUGAAAAUAGAAGUUUCAGUAUAUUUCUAGUUUCGGUAUUUUCCGUAAAACGAAAUUAAAAUCUGUUUACAUUUUUGCCAUCUCUUCUGAGUAGGUAUUUUGAAAACAAAUUCUUUUAUAGCUAGAAACAUAUUUUGAAAAUAUUCACUGAAAAUAGAAGUUUCAGUAUAUUUCUAGUUUCAGUAUUUUCCGUAAAACGAAAUUAAAAUCUGUUUACAUUUUUGCCAUCUCUUCUGAGUAGGUAUUUUGAAAACAAAUUCUUUUAUAGCUAGAAACAUAUUUUGAAAAUAUUCACUGAAAAUAGAAGUUUCAGUAUAUUUCUAGUUUCAGUAUUUUCCGUAAAACGAAAUUAAAAUCUGUUUACAUUUUUGCCAUCUCUUCUGAGUAGGUAUUCUGAAAACAAAUUCUUUUAUAGCUACAAACAUAUGUUGAAAAUAUUCGCUGAAAAUAGAAGUUUCAGUAUAUUUCUCGUUUCAGUAUUUUGCGUAGUAUAAAAAUACUAAUUAGAAUACUUUCAUCAAUUUCUAGUAUUUCUUUAAAAGAUUCGAGACAAAAAGUUUCAGUAUAUUCCUAGCUGGUUUCAGUAUAUUUCUAGUUUCAGUAUUUUGCGUAGUAUAAAAAUACUAAUUAGAAUACUUUCAUUAAUUUCUAGUAUUUCUUGAAAAGAUUCGAGACAAAAAGACUUUAAAUGUUUGUCGAUUAUUUCUUAAGAACUUUUAUGGUGUUGCAUGGUGUUGUUGCAGCUGUAAAAUGAUCGCAACUCGGUGACUCGGUCACAGAACUCAAAGCGUACACAAAUACAUAUAUAAAAAGUGUAUGUUAUACCAAUUACCUAAUUAUAGCUAAAGGAUAUUAGUACAUAGAGCGAGACAAAGGCGAAGGCGAAGGCGAAGAAUGGCGAACGGAGUGAAACGAAGAUGCCGACAACAGACACACACACACAUAGAAAUAGACAAACAUACACACACAUACACACACACUGGCAAAGUACAUGUAAGGCAGAGAAAGAGACGAAGAGAGAGUGUAAGAAGAGCGAGCGAAGGUAUAAAACUGAACCCAACUGAAAACUGAAAUUUGUGAACGAAAUAACAAUGAAAAUCAUAAACUAAGCAUAAAAUGCAUUUAAAAAUUAUUUCCGAAUGAAGAAGACAAAAAUAAACAAAAAUACAUAUAUACACAUACAUACAUAUAUGUCUAAAUAGUUAUAUGAUGAGAAAAAUCUGUUCUGAUCCAAUUUGGCCGAACGAACUAAAAUAAAACUUCCAAUACUUUUUUUGGUUUGGUUUCCAUUUCGAACAACAGAUGAGAAAAUGUGAAUCGAUAUCGAGAUAACUCAAUUUAGUUAAUAAUACUUAAGCACUUAGACGAAUACGAAAUACGAAUACGAAAUCGAAUACGAAAUCGAAUACGAAAUCGAAAUCGAAAUCGAAAUCGAAAUCGAGAGCAAGCCAAAACGAUGCCAACACAACAAAUGGGCGAUUAACACGGUUUAUACUAAAACAUAUACUUAUGAUCAUGAUGAAGAUGAAUGAAUGAAUGAAUCUAUUGUAUGUGUAUGUUAAAACAAGAAAAAAAAAAAAAAAACAUUCUAAUAGUAUGCUUCAAAAAAAAAAAAAGAAAAA